GAAAAAGCCAGCUCUCUCUUCAAACACAGCCCUCAGCACACACACACGGAGAUGGGGAUUGUGAACAAGAGAAAGACUGUUCCGGGGCUGGAAAUCAACCUGAUUCUGUUUUACGUAGGCGCUGCGGGUGCCUGCACUGUCUCUGUCGUGCAGCCGGCUCACCUGGAGGUGGACUACACCUACACGGCCGUCACCAUCAGGUGCACCUUCUCCACAGCUGGAUGCCCUUCGCAGCAACCCCUGAGCCUGUGGUUUCGCUAUGGCGUUCACUGGGCUGAGCACCUCUGCUCGGUCGGAUGCAGAAGUGAAGCAGAUAAAUUCACAGUGAGGGAAGCCCUGGACCAGAACCAAGUCUCUCUCACGGUUAACAGGGUGACUCCAAAUGACAGCGCAGUUUACAUCUGUGGGAUAGCAUUUCCUGAUUCAUCGGCACCAAGAGCUAAGCAAACCGGAGGUGGGACCACACUGGUGGUAAGAGAAAGUAAGCUUCUCAGCAAGGAACUGCAGGGUGUCUUCACAGCACUCUUAGCAUUGCUCUCAAUGUACAUUAUCGGCAUAUGUGUGAUCUUCAUAGUGCUCUCCAAAUCAAGAUCUAACACUCUAAAAAGAAAAGAAACAGAAGAUUCACAAAAGAAGAAAAGUGCUCGGCGUAUUUUUCAGGAAAUUGCUCAAGAACUAUACCAUAAGAGAUACGUGGAAACAAGCCAACAAUCUGAGAAGGACAACACUUAUGAAAACAGAAGAGCACUUUCCAACUAUGAGAGACCAUAGACACUCUCAUUUUCAAGUUACUGAAAAUCCAACUGCUGAAGCUACGGUGGGUGAUAUGAAUGGACCAUACACCAAUCAGCUCUCUAAAAAAUAAUUAAAGGUAAAUGGAAAAGACACUGGCUGCAAAGAAGAAUGCCAGGGUAAUAAGGAAGCUACAACUAAGAGAAAAUUUAAAAAUACAAAAAUCCAACACAGUGGAACUGAAAAAAAAUUUUCCUAAUUUU